CCUCCAUCCUUUUUUUCCUCUCUUCUCCCCGCAUCCUCUGCGUCUCUCCCUCCUCCCUCUGCAGCGCCGAGCCGGAGGAAUCCUGACCGGAGGUCGGCCUCGCCCUCCCCUCCUCGCGCGCGCGCCGCCGCCGCCGGGAAGGCCGGCUGGCGAGGUAGUCGAAAAAUAUCGCCUCUGAAGGUCAGCACUGAGGCAUGGGGGAGUGCAGUGAGCACAGGUGUUGGGACGAGCUACUACCGGACGCACUGGGCCUCAUCUUUCGCAAACUCUCACUCAAGGAUGUGCUCACCGUGGUGCCGCGGGUUUGCAAAUCCUGGGGGCGGGUGGUUGCAGGGCCUUACUGCUGGCAGGAGAUCGACAUCCAGGAGUGGAGCCAGCAGCAGAGCAAGCCGGACCAGCUCAAGCGCAUGGUUCGCAUGCUCGUCGCCCGAAGCGGCGGCUCGUUCCACCGCAUUAGCGUGUCCGGCCUGCCUGGCGAUCCAUUGUUCACCUUCAUUGGGGACCAUGCACGGUCACUUAAAACCAUGGAGCUUCCAAGGAGUGAUAUCAGCGACUCCUUAGUGGAAAAUGUUGCGCCAAGAUUGUCCAACGUUACAUUCUUGGACAUAAGCAGCUGUACUAAGAUCGGUGCUCGUGCUCUAGAAGCAUUCGGCAAGCAUUGUAAAUCCCUGAUCGGACUUCGGCGAGUCAUGCACCCUACAGAUGUUGUCGGUAGGGCCAGUCAACAUGAUGAGGCUCGUGCUAUUGCUUGCAAUAUGCCAAAGCUCCGUCAUCUUGAGAUAGGGUACAUGCUCAUUGCAACGAAGGCUGUUGUUGAGAUUGCCUCUCAGUGUCAUGAUCUCAAAUUCUUAGAUCUGCGUGGCUGCUGGAAUGUUGACGAUAAACUAUUGCAAGAGAGCUAUCCUGGGCUGAAAGUCGUUGGCCCCUAUGUGGACGACUGCUAUGAGAACAGCUUCUGGGAGGAGUGUUCCGAUGACUCGGAUGAUUCCAUCUAUUGGGAGCUCAUGGAUGAUGAUUAUUAUGCGGCGGGGAGCGAUGACGAGGGCAUAUGGGACGAUGGUCAAGGUCUUGAGGGCUUAGAAGUAAGGUUUUAUGGUGGUGGAUUUAGUGAAAGCCAUGCUGGUUUUGAUUGGCCGCCAUCUCCAUGAAAGCUGCAUCAAGAUCUUCAGAAAAGUGCCUGUGUAUUCCUGCUGCUUCCUCUUAUGUGCUUCAAGUUUUAAACAUCAGCUUCCUUAGUACUAGUAUGUGCUUGUAUUUGUGUCAUCCCCUAGCUUGCAGAUAUUUGAAGCCAACUAUCUGGUAGUAUAAAAUGUUUGGUGUUUAUACAUAAAAAAUAGCAACAUGGUCUGGUAGUACUGAAACAAUGUUGCUACAAAUUUGUUUCAGUACUAGUAAUUUAUUUCAGAGGUUUUCCAUGCGCCUGUAAUCCUGUACUAGUUCUCUUUUAUACUGCGGUUCUAUGACUUCUACUACUACUAUCUCCCUUUCUAUUGGACAAGAUGUGGCCUGGUAUGCCAGGGACUACAGUAUUGAAGGUGUA